AUGUCUCUCAAUGGGCUAGAGAAUCCCGUCAUCGUCGAAGCCUACCAGAGUGCACUGGCCGACGCCGGCGGAUGGUUCCUAUUGCACUACAUAUCCAGGGAUGAGGUCGAUCUCCUUCAUCGUGGUACCGGCGGGGUCCCCGAGGUACGCAAUGCCAUCGACAACUACGAAGAAACGUCACCGCUAUACGGUUUCCUGCAUUACCGGCGGAGGAAGGUGAUUUUGCGGUAUAUGCCCGAAGGCUUGUCACGGUUGAUUCAAGCCCGCAGCAAUGUUCAAUUUCAAUCCGUCACCGAUAAGUUCACCCCAAACGACACCGUCCUCGUUUUGACCCAAGCGUCGGAUCUCAACGAGAGUUCCUUGUCAUCAGCAUGCCUUCUGCACACUGCUUCUGGAUCCAUCACUUCCUCGUCAAGCUCCCUGCGUCGUCGUCGAUUGGUGGAGAUAACCGAGGAUGCCGAGGAGAAUGGGUUAAAGGAAGAGACAAAAGAAUACCCAGUGGCCCCUCCAAGGUCUGAGGCCCGUCAAAGAUCGGGGAGUCAAAAAUCAGAGGCUACAGUGGUGCCACCGCCAGCCACAUCACCGCCGCCGCCAACAUCUCCCCCUACUACGUCGGCUGGCCCUGAAACAUCGUCACCCGAUUUGCGGCCCCCACCAUCCCGGGCUAGUUCGAGAUCACGCUCCCGUGGAAGAAGUCCCAGUGAAACACAAUCGGUGACCACAUCCCCCAGAUCGCCCGAUUCCAGUUCGGAACAUACAAAGUAUCGCAACAUCCUAGAUGAGUUCCCCCGGCCGUCGGAGGAGGCACGUAUGUCAACCCAGUCCGCAAGACCCUCGCUACGGGAUUUGGAACGGGCAGCGGGCUAUACUCCCAAGGUCAAGUUAGGUCCACGUCCUUCUGUUGAUCAAAGUGGACGGCCUCGUACUGCGGGGAGUUCACGAAACCCAGACCAACGGCCUGUGGCAUCCUUACCAUCCAAUAUGCGCUCAUCUUCAGUCCGAAAAUCAAACAACGCCGCCCUCGACGCCCCUCGUCCACGUUCCCAAGGAAGCUCGUUCGCAAGCAGACCCAACAGCCGAGCCCCACCAAUUCCUCCACUGCUCGUUCCUCCGCCUUCGAUUCCCAUCUCCAGGCCUCAAUUAUCCCCCGGCGCCAAGUCUUUGGGUGCAUUGUCAACAUCGUCUGGAUUGACUCCCGAGAAGGAACGUUUGAUGAAGGCGCUGCAACAACGAAAGAAAAACAUGGCCAAGCGGGCAGAGAACAAGAAGAAACAGAAUAUACCAGAAGUAGAAGAGCAGCCCAAAGCGGAGGAAUUGGCUGCGAAAACCUACGAGGGCAAUAAAGAAAACAUCAAUCCGGAGUCUCAGGCGGAGCCGGAGAAGCCAGAGGUCGAACAGCAGCCUGUCGCAAAGGAAGAUUCAUCCGCAGAGCAGUCUCUACCGGUAGCAGCCAAGCCAAGUCUCGAGAGUCCUGUUGAAAUCGAAGCAGAACCGCAAUUGCCUGUCGCUGAGCCUGUCGCUGAGCCUGUUGCUGAGCCUGUUGCUGAGCCUGUCGCUGAGCCUGUCGCUGGGCCUGCCACAGAGGAAGAGCCAUCUGUGGAUGAGUCUCUACCACUAGCAGCUAAGCUAAGUCUCGAGAGUCCUAUCGAAAUUCAAGCAGAGCCGCAACUGCCGGCUGCUGAGCCCGUCCUCGAAUCUACCUCGACUUCAGAAAUUCCAGUUGAGGAAGAGACUCUUAUCGAUCAAGAAGAAUCUCUGGAUUCGGUUUGUGAACCAGUCAUCAAGGAAGAAGAGGUUAUAAAGCCUGAGGAGCCUACCCUACCCGAGGAUGACCACAUCGAGGAGCAUCCCCAGCUCGAGGAGCCUACCCACCUCGAGGAGCCUACCCACCCCGAGGAGCCUACCCACCCCGAGGAGCCUACCCACCCCGAGGAGCCUUCCAAAUCGAAAGAGCCUACUCAACCGGAAGAGCAACUCUCACCCUCUGUGGACACUUUAGCCCUAGAAUCCUCCACUUCCGUGCCCGAGUCAGAUUCCGAAGGCGAACCGUCAUCACAUACUUCGGAGCCCAGUGCCGAUACCACAUUCUCUACUACGCAUAUUGACUCAGUUCUUGAAGAUGCCCCAUCUGAGACUCCACAGACGGUCCUUGAUCAUGAAACAGGCGCCGAUCAAGAAGACUCCGCAAUCCUUGGCCAAAGCGAGACUAAGGGUGACCUAGUCCCACCUAGCGUCUCUGCCGAAUCUCCACUUGACAGGGAGUCGGCCGAAGUUUCAGACCCGAAGCCUGAAUCAGGAGCCGCUCCUUUCCAACAACCCCAAGUUUCACUGGCGGCAGAUCAGCAUUUAGAGGAGGCUGAAGCCGUUGAAGCUACCGUGCCGGAGGCCACUGAACAAGUUACCCUGCCUGCCAUAUCAUUCCCCACAAUCCCAUUCCAAACUCCUAAGAGCCCCCUAGCCCCAAGAGAGGAACUGCUCCCUCUAGACCAAAGGCGAAAUAUUCAUUUGGAGCCCAUCCACGUCCCAACCCACGAAUUCUCUGACGACGACAAUCUUCUGUCGGACGACUCUUUCAUGGAAGAGCUCCGAUCGGCCACCGUGCAGGAGGCCAGACCAGUUUCGGUCAAGUCGCCCAACGGAGGCGAGAACACCUGGAGAGGCUCCCGCGCCGUCUCCAGCCCGCAUGGCCUUGCUUCUCCUUCCGCUUUACAGGCACUGCAAGUGGGCAGAUCUGCAUCUAGCUCCUAUCCUGAGAACGGCCCUCCGACCCCGGUGCUGAUGGCUAAGAAAAUCAACGUAUCGUCCGGCAUUUCCUCUCGUAUCAAGGCCCUGGAGAAGUUUUCUAGCCGUGAAGGCACUCCAGCCGGGUCGACGGCCACUCUGACGGCCCCUUCAACCUCGCCAUCCUUCGAGAACUUACGCAAGCGUGCAUCGAUCUCUAUCCCCAGUGGCAGCACUCCGGAUUUUUCUCGCGCACCAAGCUUGAGCCGCCAGGACUCGCGUUCUGCCUCGACUAGUACCCGUCGGACCAACUCAAUCUCAGUGACGGCUCGUAUAGUCCGCGACGCGGAUGUAUCUCCCGGCUCUUCUGGACUGGAGCUUUCGGAGUCUGAUGUUCUCAAUCUCCAGGCCAGUCCACUAACCGUGGAGCAUGAGACCUCGGAGCCCCCUCUCCCUCAAAAUACAAGCUCUGAGGCUAUCAAUCGCCUAGAGGACCGCAGCAUGUCGAUUUCAUCUGCUGGGUCUGGCCGACAAGCUACCCCAAAUUCCCGUCCAGGCAGUCGUCUCUCCCUCUCUUCGCGCUCCCGAACCGAUGAGAACUUGACCUCAUCCUCUCCCGUUGAUGAAAAGAAGGGCUCUCGCGCCUCGCGCCUCAUGCGUCGUGUAUCCUCCAUGACCUCAAACUCUCGUCGUAGCAUCAUUGGAGCUUUGUCCCCACCAGUGAAAGAGGAAGAUAUUGACCCCAUCUCUGUGCACGAAUCGGCCAUCUCCCCCUCGUCAUCUCGUGGCCAUCUCUCUGACCCCAUCGAAAUUGGCGAAGUCAACGUACAAUUCCCCGAUACCCUCCUUUGGAAGCGCCGAGUUAUGCGCAUCGACGAGAACGGAUUUCUUGUCCUGGCGCCUGGAACUACUGAUGCCACUGCUCGCAACAUGACCAAGCGAUACCACCUGAGCGAGUUCCGAACUCCCUGUCUUCCCGACGAGGACAUGCAAGAGCUGCCUAACAGCAUUUUGCUGGACUUCUUAGAUGGAAGUACCCUUCAGUGCGCCUGCGAAUCGCGACAGGGACAAUCGUCUGCACUUCAGACCCUUGUCGACGCUCACAUUGUUCAUCAACAAUAA